AUGAGAGUGGUAAUAGUGACAAUAUGGGCUACUAUUUGUGGUGCUGCGGUCAUACCUGAGUUACACAACGCUAUAGCUUCUAUUUCGACUCCAAUCUUGAAUACUGUGGGAUCAUUGAAGUUGGCUUCAUCCGAGGAAAUUGAUGACAAACCUCUGAAAUACAUAGUAGUUCUCAAGAAUGGAUACAUUGAUGCCGAUUACGACAGCCACCAGGACUGGCUUGAAAAAAGGCACUCUUCGUUGCAAAAGAGAAGUGGAGCACUCGAAACAAUAAAAAAUAAAUUCAAGUUGGCAAGGGACACGCAAGUUCAAUUCUUCAAUUUGGACUCAGUUAAGGGUUAUACGGCAAUUUUAUCAAACAGUCUAGUCAAGGCCCUUGAGUCAAAUCCCUUGGUAGAGUUUGUCGAGAAGGACGAACAGAUUCAUUUGUCGAAAGUUGCAACUCAAAACUAUGCCCCAUGGGGCUUAGAGCGAAUUUCACAUAGAAAGAUCCAGCGACAAUUAUACAUGGGCAGAUUUUUCUAUGAUGCGGAUGGAGGGAAAGGAGUGACGGUUUUUGUUUUGGAUAGUGGUAUUGACUCUCAUCACCCGGAAUUUGAAGGCCGAGUAACAGCAUCAAGACAGUUUGGUCUCUCUGCUUCUCUCAAUGACAACAAUGGCCAUGGAACUCAUGUUGCCGGCACCAUUGGCGGUCGAACAUACGGUGUGGCGAAAUGCGUUAACAUAGAGUCGUUGAAAGUCCUUGGAUCCAGUGGCACUGGCAUGAAAAGCUCCAUUUUGAUGGCUAUUGAGUACGUGAUAAAGUCACAUAAGCGGAGAUUGAGAUCGGGUGAUACUUCCUACAAAGGCUCAAUAAUUAACCUAUCUUUGGGAUCUCUGCCCUCAAAUGCCAUGGAUAGAGCGGUAAAAGCUGCUUCAGAGGCUGGAGUUGUGGUCGUCAUUUCAGCUGGAAACGAAGGUGAGGACGCAUGCAAGAUCUCACCCUCAAGGUCCGAAUUUGGGAUAACUGUGGGAGCAACUGAUUAUGAUGAUACUUUCGCAAGCUUUUCUAACUAUGGCCGAUGCGUUGAUGUACUUGCCCCGGGUGUAGCGAUCCAGUCAGCAUCUACCAGAAAUAAACCCCCAGUAUUGACGGGCACGUCAAUGGCUGCUCCGCAUGUGGCAGGUGUUGUUGCAACAAUAAUGUCAAUGCAACCUCCAAUCAACUCUGAAUACUCUUCCGGAGAAUUACUAUCGGCGCAGGAUAUCAAGAGGAAGCUCUUAAAAUACACCACAAAGAAUGUGAUACGAAAUCUUCCUCAGAACACGCCAAACAAAAUGGUUUACAAUGGUGGCAGCAUGGGUUUCAAAUCGCUCGACUGA